AUGCCCCUGGGACCCCCCCCCAGACCCCCCCGGGACCCCCCUGGGACACCCCCCUGCGAUGGGACCCCUCUGGGACCUCUCCUGGGACCCCCGUGUCCCCCCAUCCCCCCAUGUCCCCUGUGUCCAUGUGUCCCCUGGUGUCCCCCGGUGUCCCCUGGGACCCCCCUGUCCCCCCAUCCCCCCAUCCCUCCGGGUCUCACGCGUCCCCUGCCGCUUCCCCCCGCCCGUGGGUGCCCCCCAUGUCCCCCCGUGUCCCCGGUGUCCCCCCGGUGUCCCCGGUGUCCCCCCCACAUCCCCGGUGUCCCCCCGCAUCCCCCACGUCCCUGGUGUCCCCCCUGCAUUCCCGGUGUCCCCCCGGUGUCCCCGGCGUCCCCAGUGUCCCCCUGCAUCCCCUGCAUCCCCGGUGUCCCCCCUGCGUCCCCGGUGUCCCCCGGUGUCCCCGGUGUCCCCCCCGCGUCCCCGGUGUCCCCGCUGUGCACCCGCAUCCCCCACGUCCCCGGUGUCCCUGGUGUCCCCCCCACGUCUCCGGUGUCCCCCUGCAUCCGCGGUGUCCCCCCCGCGUCCCCGGUGUCCCCCCCGCAUCCCUGGUGUCCCCAGUGUCCCCCCCGCAUCCCUGGUGUCCCCGGUGUCCCCCCGGUGUCCCCGCUGUCCCCGCUGUGCACCCGCAUCCCCCACGUCCCCGGUGUCCCUGGUGUCCCCCCCACGUCUCCGGUGUCCCCCUGCAUCCGCGAUGUCCCCCCCGCGUCCCCGGUGUCCCCGCUGUGCACCCGCAUCCCCCGCGUCCCCGGUGUCCCUGGUGUCCCCCCCACAUCUCCGGUGUCCCCCCUGCAUCCGCGGUGUCCCCCCUGCGUCCCCGGUGUCUCCCCCGCAUCCCUGGUGUCCCCAGUGUCCCCCCCGCAUCCCUGGUGUCCCCGGUGUACCCCUGGCGUCCCCGGUGUCCCUGGUGUCCCUCCCGCGUCCCCGGUGUCCCCCCCACAUCCCCCGUGUCCCUGGUGUCCCCCCACGUCCCCCGCGUCCCCGGUGUCCCCCCCACAUCCCUGGUGUCCCCCCCACGUCCCCGGCAUCCCUGGUGUCCCCCCCAGUGUCCCCCCACAUCCCCCGCAUCCCCGGUGUCCCCCGGUGUCCCCCUGCAUCCCCCGCAUCCCUGGUGUCCCCCCGCAUCUCCCACGUCCCCCGCGUCCCCGGUGUCCCCCCCACGUACCCGGUGUCCCCCCCCGCAUCCCCAGUGUCCCCGCUGCCCCCCCGUAUCCCCCGCGUCCCCGGUGUCCCUGGUGUCCCCCCUGCGUCCCCGGUGUCCCCCCCGCAUCCCCCGUGUCCCUGGCGUCCCCCCACGUCCCCCGCAUCCCCGGUGUCCCCGGUGUCCCCCCCACGUCACUGGUGUCCCCCCCGCGUCCCCGGUGUCCCUGGUGUCCCCCCACGUCCCCCGCGUCCCCGGUGUCCCCGGUGUCCCCGGUGUCCCCCCCGGCAUCCCCCUGGCAUCCCCGGUGUCCCCCCCGCAUCCCCGGUGUCCCCCCAUGUCCCCCGCAUCCCCGGCGUCCCCGGCGUCCCUGGUGUCCCCGGUGUCCCCCCACAUCCCCCCCACGUCCCCGGCGUCCCCCCCGACGUCCCCGGUGUCCCCGGCGUCCCACUGAGGCCGGC